AUGACACUGCCAAGGUCCCUGGUUCUUCAGGGUGUUCAAUUUGAUGGUGCCUAUGCGUUGAGCCUCCACGAGGGCCUGGACUGUUUGCGCGAGAUCACGACACCACGUGGUCCGGUGAACCAGUCGCUGAAUGCCAUUGCAGACUUCUAUGAACAGUUCUAUGCAUUCAGAUAUAUUUGCAUUGAUCCUCCAGCUUCCAGCCAAAGCCAGGCGGUGGAUCAUCUGCUAAGGCUGGACCCGGCUGGACCUGGCCCUUUUCAGAAGGCCUCGCUUCCUGAAAACCCUGGAAUCGACCAGUGGUUCUUGCGCAGCAACUCACUUUUCACCAGGUUGCGAGAUGCUCAUGUUGACUGGCGAAAUGGUGGAACCAAGGCUGACACGGUUCUCAACCAGUUUAUCUUCAUCUUGCAGAAUGAUGCGACCACGUCUCCUGUCCGGAUGGAGGUCUCUGCAAGAUCCGCCGCUGCAGUCGACGGCUUUGCAGACCCGAGGUGCAAGAAGUACGACGUGAACUGCGUCCUAGAUUUGCUGAAGGUCCACAGCGAUCGAGCGCCUGCGCUGGAUGAGGCGAGCUUUCCGCGUCGCUGGCUUUUGGAUCCUGCCUUGAGCCCCCUUGGUGCCACAUAUGGAUACUACCAGCUGCAAAGGGAUGAGUCCGGUGAGCUCUUUGCGGUGGUGAAGCUCACGCGCUUUUAUUUGACAGAGGAUGAAUCUGCCGGCUUUCAGGUGCAGUCGCAAUUUACGGCCUUUUGGAGAGAACUCGUGCAGACGUCCAAAGAUCAUUCGGUUUCGCGCUUGCUCGUGGAUCUCUCUGGAAAUCCCGGUGGCUUCGUGGAUUUUGCCUAUUUGUUCGUGCGCGCGUUGCACCCGCUUCUUCAGUUCGCAGAGGUUUGCAACGAAUACGACCGACCCGUCGGCUCACUCUUCCAUGCAUGGAAGCACGUGAAUGUCACGCCAUUGGUGAACUUUUUGAAAACCGUUGCUCCAGCCGAGAAGAGAGUCGAGGAGUUGUCGGAAGAGAAGAAGGAGCACCUCACCCAAAUACUCCAUGCUGUGACGAAGGCAUGCAUUGCAAUGGAUGUUUUAAGCUAUGAUGACUACAUGAUGAUUCAGUCAGCCAUUGAUACCCUGGACAUGGGAGAGAUGGAUGCUUAUACCCUGCAAGAGACUGUGCAGGUGUUGAGCGAUUCUGCGGCCAGCUUCGGAAAUCCCUUUACAUUGUUCUUGAUGCACAACUGA